UUGUUGCUAAUUCCUCGGUCUGUACUGCCUGCCUCUCUGGCUGCCUCCUUUUUCCUUUCCUACCCCCCUCACCUGCCAUUGUGUCCACUGCAAUUUUCGUAGCUCCCAAUUCGUUGCUCUGUUACGCAUUUGAGCUUCUUCUGCGCCACGGAGAGUAGUAGUAGUAUCCUCUCUACCCCUGUAGCGCUGCCAACCAUCGCCACUCGCCACGCUGCUGUAAUUUCCUGUCAUGGCAACUUACCAGUUCCUUGGCACGGUCGCUCUUGGUAGCCAUGUCCACGGCCACGGCCACGCGCAGAAUUCUGUCUUCCUUGCGUCAUCGCCGCUGCGUGCUGAUUGCUUGGGUUGUGGUUGUGGUGGGAGACUGUCACUCAAGGAUGCUACUAAGUUUCGGUUUGGAAACAGAGUGAUUGAGAAACGGGAUCGGGGGAUGGUGGUUGCGGAUUUGCAGAAUCCUAAGACAGUGAAGGGAGGUUGCGGUUCUGUCUUCGAGGACGUUCCUCACUUGACUGACUGGCUUCCAGACCUUCCGAUAUUUGGAAACCCCUUGAAGUUCAACCCAGCAUAUUCCGCUGUUAAACAGUACUUUGUGGACGACGAUGAUGUUGUUGCGAAAGACAUAGUGGUGACCAUGGAAAAUGCUGGGGCUGGUCUUCACUUUAGACGUGCUGGACCAAGAGACAAGAUUUACUUCAGGUCAGAAGAGGUGAAGGCAUGCAUUGUUACGUGCGGUGGUUUAUGCCCUGGUCUCAAUACUGUGAUCCGUGAGAUUGUCAGUGGGCUUUGGUAUCAAUAUGGCGUUCGGGAAAUAUACGGAAUUGAUGGAGGUUACAGAGGUUUCUAUGCACGCAAUACAAUUGCUCUAAAUCCAAAAGUGGUGAGUGACAUUCAUAAGAAAGGUGGCACCAUUUUGGGAACCUCACGUGGCGGCCACGAUACGAUGAGGAUCGUUGAUUCUAUUGAGAACCGAGGAAUUAAUCAGGUAUACAUCAUAGGUGGGGAUGGCACUCACAAAGGUGCAAAAGCCAUUCAUGAGGAAAUCAUUAAGCGGGGUUUAAAAGUCGUUGUUGCGGGCAUCCCCAAAACUAUUGACAACGACAUUGAUAUAAUUGAUAAGUCCUUCGGGUUCGACACUGCCGUGGAAGAAGCACAACGAGCAAUCAAUGCAGCUCAUGUGGAAGCUGAGAGUACUCAUAAUGGUGUGGGGGUGGUCAAACUCAUGGGUCGUUAUAGCGGCUAUAUUGCCAUGUACGCUACUCUUGCAAGUCGCGAUGUGGACUGCUGCUUGAUUCCGGAAGUGCCGUUCUUUCUGGAAGGGGAGGAUGGCUUGUAUGAGUUUGUUUACCGCAGGCUGAGAGAUAAUGGCCAUAUGGUGCUAGUUGUAGCAGAAGGUUCAGGGCAGGAGCUCAUUGCUGAAAGCCUUGGUCCAUUGGACAAGUUGAGUGAUGCAUCUGGCAAUCGCCUUUUGCUUGACGUGGGUCUUUGGCUUUGUCAGAAGCUAAAGGAACAUUUUCCCAAAGUUUACAACGAUCCUAUCACGCUCAAGUACAUAGAUCCAACUUACAUGAUUCGAGCUGUACCGAGUAUUGCAUCUGAUAAUGUUUACUGCACCUUGUUGGCGCAUAGUGCCAUCCAUGGUGCUAUGGCUGGUUUCUGUGGAUUCACUGUUGGCCCUGUCAAUAACCGCCAUUGCUACAUACCAAUUUCUCGAGCUGUUGAGAAACAGCGCCAUGUAAAUACAAGCGAUCGUAUGUGGGCUCGCUUACUGUCAUCCACGCACCAGCCCAACUUUUUGCGGUACAAAACUGUUCUGAAGGAGAAACGGGACCAUCAGCUAAAGAAUGCGAAAGUCGACGAUGUUAAACUAGACCAAAACCUUUCCGGACUGACUGCUUCACACAGCUUACCAAUAGAUUCUUAGAGCAAGUGUACUUAUCUGGAAUUGCUUUGGUGCGAAUUAUAGUUAAUGUAAAGAGCCUUCAAUGGUCCCAUUGGCGCGAGUGCAUUGGUCAUGAUGAUAGUUAGCAUUACCUCAUGGAUCUAAACCAUAUCAACUUAUUAUAAAUGUCCUUUUUCGCAUACCCACGCAACAAGGUUAUUGAGACCCUGCCCAUAGUUGGACGGGCCAUAGUAUGGUGGUAAGCACCAUGCACUAAUAUGGAAAAUGACCCCAAUGAAACAUAUAUAGACUAUAACUGCAAAACCUAAGCAUGGUUACUUGUGAUCAUUUCAACCAU